UUGUCACAUCACUUUUCUCCAAAGUCUUGCGGAAAAUGCUGCUGCGGUGGUGCUCAUGAAGCUAACAUUCACGAUGAACACGUUAUUGAGGCUUUCAAAGAUGCUAUCGCUCUCGGAAACCAGAAGAACGGCACUAACGUUCAAUUCGUCGAACUCGUUUCUGCUACACAGCAAGUUGUUGCUGGAUUCAUCUUCGAUGGCGUUGUUAAGACAAACGACGGCAACUACAAGGUUAAGAUCUGGUGCAAGCCAGGAAACACAGAGAAGGAACUCCAACUCUUCGAAAAGGCUUAA